AUGGCGCUGCUGGGCGCAUUCGUCUACUGCGUUCUAGCCAUCUGGUGCUACUGCCCCGGCUUGGGGCUGCCCCUGGCGCCCCCUAACUCCGGGACCUCUGCUCCGGCUGUCGGACAGUUUUGGCACGUGACUGACUUGCACUUAGACCCUACCUACCACAUCACAGAUGACCACACAAAGGUGUGUUCUUCAUCCAAAGGUGCAAAUGCCUCCAACCCUGGCCCUUUUGGAGAUGUUCUGUGUGAUUCCCCCUAUCAACUUAUUUUGUCAGCAUUUGAUUUUAUUAAAAAUUCAGGACAGGAAACAUCUUUCAUGAUAUGGACAGGGGACAGCCCACCUCACGUUCCAGUACCCGAACUCUCCACAGACUCAGUCAUAAAUGUGAUUGCUAAUAUGACAGCCACUCUCCAGAGUCUUUUCCCAAGUCUCCAGGUUUUCCCUGUCCUGGGUAAUCAUGACUAUUGGCCACAGGAUCAACUGCCUGUAGCCACCAGCAAAGUUUACAAUGCAGUAGCAAACCUUUGGAAACCAUGGUUAAAUGAGGAAGCUAUCAGUACAUUAAGAAAAGGUGGUUUUUAUUCACAGAAAGUUACCACUAAUCCGAGACUUAGAAUCAUCAGUCUAAACACAAACUUGUACUACAGCCCAAAUGUUGUAACCCUGAACAAGACUGACCCAGCAAAUCAAUUUGAAUGGCUAGAAAACACAUUGAACAGCUCUUGGCAGAAUAAGGAAAAGGUGUACCUCAUAGCACAUAUUCCAGUGGGGUAUCUGCCAUAUUCAAGAAGCACCACAGCAAUGAGAGAAUACUAUAAUGAGAAAUUGAUAGAUAUUUUUAGAAGAUAUGGAGAUGUCAUUGCAGGACAUUUUUAUGGCCACACACACAGAGACAGCAUUAUGAUUCUUUCAGAUAAAAAAGGAAAUCCAAUAGGUUCUUUAUUUGUGGCUCCUGCUGUUACUCCAGUGAAGAGUGUUUUAGAAAAGCAAACCAACAAUCCUGGUGUCAGGUUAUUUCAGUAUGAUCCUCAUGGUUACCAUUUAUUGGUAAGUUGGCACAAUUUUACAUGAAUCUCACA